AAAAAAAAUCGACGCUAAGCUAGCUGCGUUAGCUCACAUAGCUAGCUGGUUUUACUAUUCUGUACAACAACAACAGAUAGAGUUUCCCACCGUAUCUACAAGGGAAACAGUUUAGAUUAUUGCAACAUGAGUUAAUAUAAUUUCACCGCAUCGUAGCAUGUAAGACUUCGAGCUGCUGGACCAGGAGCACAAUGAAACCACCGUCACAGACUCAGUCAUCUGCUGUAAGCAGUUUAAUAUUUGAAGGCGUCUACAACAACGCUCGGAUGCUUCAUUUCCUCACGGCGGUGGUGGGUUCCACCUGUGACGUGACAGUGAAAAACGGCGCCGUGUACGAAGGAAUCUUCAAGACUUUGAGCUCACAGUGUGAGCUCGCUGUGGACGCUGUUCAUAAACGUAGUGAUGGAGACGAAGGCGGGGGAGGCGAGGAAGGAGGAGGAGGAGGAGGAGGAGGAAGCAGCCAGUCCUUUUCACCCAAGAUUGAAGACAUCACUGACACCAUGAUCUUCAGCCCCGCCGACCUGGUGACCAUGACCUGCCGUGAUGUCGACCUCAGCUUCGCUGUCAGAGACACGUUCACCGACGCCGCCAUCAGCUCGUCACGGGUGAACGGGGAGCACAGGGAGAAGGUUCUGCAGCGGUGGGACGGAGACGGAAACGGAGAAAACUUCGAGCUGGAGACAGAUACGUCAAACGGCUGGGACGCCAACGAGAUGUUCAAGUUUAACGAGGAGGCGUACGGCGUCAAGUCCACCUAUGACUCCAGCCUCUCUAUGUACACCAUGCCUUUAGAGAAGGGGAACUCUGAGGUUUACCGGCAGCGGGAAGUACGAGCGGCUCGAUUAGCCAGCGAGAUCGAGGGCAGCCUGCAGUACCGCCGCCGGGUCUCCUUAGAGAACGACGAAGGCAGGAGCGAAGAGGACAGAUACAGCUCGGUGGUCCGAGAGGACAGAGCCAGCCCCGGGUUCUCCUCCGUCAGCAGGGAAGGUAAAUACAUUCCUCUCCCUCAGAGGGCUCGAGAGAUCGGCCUGUCCGCCGGUAGCAGAGGGGCGGGAUCGUCCGGUCGAGCCGCGGCGGCGCCGUCCUCCUCCAGACACCCGCCGCCCAGCUCGUCCUCCCCGAAACCAUCCUCCGAUAGGAGCAGCCCGCUGUCCGUCAGAACCGCCUACUCUCCUCACCAAUCACAGGGCAGCCCGCCGGCGGCCGGCAGCCCUCCCUGCACCAAUCACGCUCCUCUCCCUCACUCGCUCUCACAUCCUCAGGCGCUGGCUGACACGACGCGCUCAUCUGUCAAUGGAGUUGCAUCCAGAACUUCUCCAAAAUCCCAGAGACUUCAGAGCAGCCGAACCCUGCGGACCCCGAACUCCCAGUCUACACCUGCAGUGUCUCGUGCUCCGAAACCAGACGCCCCUCCCCAGGACCUCCCCCUGGCUGGCCCCGCCUACCUGGACUCCUCCCCUUCCACCGUCACCGCAGCACCCACCGCUAAACCCUCCGGCCCCACCCCGAUCUUCCCUGUCGAUGUGAAUGAAAUCCUGAACACAGCAGCUAAAGAGCGAACUGAGAGUCUGUCCAGUCCGCAGGAAGGAAAGAGCAGCAAAGCUCCCUCGGUCCAGCAGAGAUCCCAGCUGGAGGAGCUCCGCAAGUUCGGCAAAGAGUUCAGGCUGCAGUCCAGCUCUUCACCUUCAGCGAGCCCAUCCUCUGCAGAUCCUCCUCCGCCUGCCGACUCCUCCUCCUCCUCCUCUUCCUCCCCCGCGCCACCCAAACCUGCCGUCACCUCCCUCCUCGCCUCCUCUGAUCUGCAGCAGACCACUGAUGCAUCUCCCCCCACCACCGCCACCACCACCACCGCCGCCACCGCCACCGCCCCCGCUGCUGCUGCUGCCCAGAGCCCCGCAGCUGGCCCCCAGUCCUCCGGACCAGAGGGGCGGCAGCAGACCGGGACACCGCAGCCGGCUCCGCCCAACAGCGGCGAGGAGGCGUGUCCAGAGAGCAGCGAGCGAACGGAGGCUGCUUCUACAGCUGCUGCGCAAGUGAAAAACUCAACAUUGAAUCCGAAUGCAAAAGAAUUUCUUCCCAUAAAAGGAAAUGCAACGCUGAAACCUGCGCCGACCCCCACCCCGCCUCGACCCACCCAGCCCAGCCCCUCGCUCAUCCUGCCUCCCCAAGGACAACCAGGGGGCGGAGCCAUUUACAGCAGCCCACCGGGACACUACCUGUCCUACGUCUCGCCCAUCCCCAUCCAAGGACACUCCAUUCAGGCUCCUCAGCUGUAUCAGUACACCAUGUCGACCGUCAACCAGGGGAAAUAUCCCAGAACGAAAGGCCCGGUGGUGGGACCACGUCAGGACCACCACCCGUCCCCAGCCUCCCCCAUGAUCUCAGCCGCAGCCUCGGCGGCGGGACCCCCGCUGGUGGCUUCGCCCUACCCCCAGUCCUACCUGCAGUACGGGCAGGUGAUCCAGGCCAUGCCCCCCCACUACCACGGACAGGUGUACUCGAUGCUGCAGGGGGGAGCGAGGAUGCUGACGCCCGGCGCCCCUCCUCAGCCCAUGGGUCCUCCUGGCCCCCAGUACCCGGGCCAGGCUGAGGGCCCGCCGGGGCCACAGCAGGCCAUGUACGCUCAGUCGUUCUCUCACCACUCGGGCUCCAUCCAUCAUCCUCAGCCCUCCAGCACUCCCACUGGGAAUCAGCCCCCACCCCAGCACACAGCGCCCAGUCCAGGACACACUCAGUCGGGUCAGGGCGGUCCUCAGCCUCAGUCCAUGUUCCACUCCGCCGGUCUGUCGGCUCCAACGCCCCCUAACCUGCCGCCGGGCCACAGCUCCCCGCAGGCCUCCUACACCAUGCAGGGCUACAGCCUCCCCACCCACCAGCUGCCCCACGGCUUCCCCUCCAUCAGCCAGCUCACACAGGCUCACGUCUCAGCGGGUAUAUCAGGACCUCACCACUCUGCUGGCCACGGCCCGCCCGUCAUGCUGCACUACGCCCCCCCUCAGCAGGGCAGCGGCUCCAACCCCCAGCACGGCCCGCCGCCCCAACAGGGAGCUCCACAACACUUCUACAUCGGACACCCCCAAGCUGUUCAGGUCCAGGCUCACCACGCCCAGCAGCUGUCCUUCCACCACUCUGCAAACUGAAGCGUCACGGCUGCAUUCGGGGAAA